UGAACAUGGAAGAGUCAGUUAUCUUACAAACAAGGUUAGGCCGGCUGAAAGGUUUGGUCCAACAAUCCGUUUUGACUGGGAAGCCUUAUUAUUCAUUUCGAGGCAUUCCUUAUGGAAAACCACCACUUGGAGAACUCAGAUUCAAGGUAACAUUUCAGAUUUGGGCCUUUGGUACCAAUAUCUGGAAUGAUGAACAAUGGCACAGUGCGUCUAAACAACCUGUUUUGGCAACAGAAACACAGGUAUUAGCUGACGGGGAUGAAGACUGCCUCUAUCUCAACGUUUAUUUCAACCAGCUUCCAGAAAAAGGGAGAUCUAAAAAGCCAGUCCUAGUUUCAAUCCAUGGAGGGGGCUUCCUUCUUGGAUCUGGCAACUCAAAAACAAAUGGUCCAGACUUCUUACUUUAUGAAGACAUCAUCGUCGUUACUUUCAACUAUCGUUGUGGUGCCUUUGGAUUCCUGUCACUGGAAAGUGACGAUGUCCCAGGGAACGCUGGACUCAAGGAUCAGACUUUGGCCUUGAAGUGGGUUCGUGACAACAUUGACAGUUUUGGUGGAGAUCCCAAAAACGUCACUAUUUUUGGUAUCAGUGCUGGAGGAGCAUCUGUAGCAUACAAUGUGAUCUCUCCUUUAUCAAGAGGACUGUUUCAUAAGGCCAUCAUACAAAGUGGGUUUGCACUGAAUCCAUGGGCUGUACAGCAUGAUCCGAAGUCUCGUGCCAUUAAACUAGCCAAGGUUCUAGGAUGUGAGGCUUCUGAGGAUCCUGAUUUUAUUGUUCGGUUUCUUCAGUCUGUGCCUGCAGAUGAGAUUGUUGGAGCUACACAGAAAAUGGCCGCUGAAAAGGAAUAUACAAGAAACUACACAUUGGUUUUUAUGCCAUGUGUUUGA